GACAUAAACAAAAAAGGACAACAGAACAACUUGCACAACUUCCACACUUAACAGUACUUGUUUUUCCAUGUUAAUUAAAUACUUUUCUUCCAUUAAAGAAAGAAAAAAAAAACUGUCAUUGACCCAAACACUCUCUCUAUAUAUAUACAUACACUUCCAUUACCCAUCACAAUUCUCUCUCAACAGACCCUUUUUAACCAAUUCUUCUUUCUUCUCCAACUAAUUGAUAUGGGCAACUACGUUUCUUGCACUUUAGCUACUCCUCUGAUCAACAGCUCCAAGGCAGCCAGAGUCAUCCUUCCCGGGGGCGAAGUUAGGCAGUUUCGCCAGCCGGUUAAAGCUGCAGAGCUGAUGCUGGAGUGUCCAAACUUCUUCCUCGUGAACUCUCAGUCGCUUCAUAUAGGCAGGAGAUUCUCCGCGCUUGCAGCUGACGAGGAAGUCGAAUUUGGCAAUGUCUAUAUCAUGUUCCCGAUGAAGAGAGUGAAUUCUGUUGUCACCGCUGCUGAUAUGGCUGCCCUUUUCAUGGCUGCUAAUUCUGCUGCCAAGAGAAUAUCGGGUGGCAAUAGUAAGGUCAGGGUCUUGCCGGAGUCCACCUGCAAUUGCGAUGACGUCCGAGAAAAUUUGGAAAGCAGUGAAGGAGGAGGGUCGAGAUUGAUAAUGAAUUCUGGUGAAGAGAUUGUAGGGUUUCCAAUGGCAGAAUAUAAGUAUCGAUUAUCUGUUUGUAGGUCAAGGAAGCCAAUGUUAGAGACUAUAAAAGAAGAACCGGUUCAUUCAAGAUAAAGCUAAGAUUUGUGUUUGAAUUGUGUAGAAAAUUUAAAUGACUAUAUUUCUUGUUACUUUCUUUCUUUUUUUCUUCUAUCUUUCUCUGAUCAUAUUCUUUAGCUAAUUAACACGGAAAAUUUAUGGACUGGGAAAAGUUUAUUCAUCA